GAAAGUUGUGAAUCGCAACUUGAAUUCUUUCCAGAGCAGCAUAUUCCUGUCCCCCUGCCCAAGCGCGUCUCCAAUUCCUUUUGGAGGGAAAAACCAUGGGGUGCUGUUUACAAUUUUGACCCUAAUGCCCUUGUUGUCGUGGUUGCUGCCAGUUCGACAGCUGUUACAUUUGUUUACGAGAAACAUAAAACGCGUAGGGACCCGCAUGCUAUUUCGGAUGGCAUCAACCCUAAACUCGCGAGUUUUGUGGGACUUUAGGGUUGAUGCCACCCCGAACAUAACAUCUGCUCAGGGCGGGUCUACCUAGUGUAAACAUGACCUGUCUAUCGUUUCCUCCAGAAGGAAUUGGAUUCGCGCUCGAGCAGGGAGACAGGAAUAUGCUGCUCCGAAAGGAAUUCAAGUUGCGACCCGCAACUUUUUUGUCAUUCCCUCUCCAAUGCCGGUCCGGUGGUGUCUGGACUCUGGCCCACUGUGGGUUGUGUUUCCCUUCCCUCCGCUCUCUGCCUCCUCGAGAUCGUCCGUAUCUUCAUGGCUGCCUCCAUGGCGCAUUGUGCUGCGCCAACACUUCUACAGUAUUUCAUGGCCCUGCUUUUAUUGGGGCGAGGGGAAGUGAAUUCUGAGAUAGAGCAAAGUGGCAGUGGUUUGUUUCCCUAGUUCCCCUCCAACUGGAGUGCGUCCACGAUAAGUCUUCCCAGCAUCAGUACACUAAUCUAGCAACCUUUUUUUCACAGGGAGGAUAUGGAAAGUUGGGAACUUUUACGAGCGAAAAAUCGUCGUAGGCAUGCUUUACCCCCGUAUCUCGUGUGGCGGUGGGUCGUGGCUCUGCUGGCUCGUGUGCUGGAACAGUAGGGUAGCUGUAUCAGUGGUGGGCACUCUCUGGUGCCUCUGCGUCGCGCUCAGCCCCAUGCCGUCUCUGUCGUCGUGACUCGUCUCGGCCCUCCCCCAUUCACAACUGGCAAGUCGAUGAUGCUCGACUCUCUCGUCGUGUCGCGCAAUAAUAGUUACUCAGCCCGUCGCGUCAGCACGGCCUACUAUCAUCAUCACUUCAAACGGCCAGCACGCUCGGACAGGCAGACGGUCCCUCCGACGCUGGCUCUCAGCCUCGGCUAGGUCCGAGCCGAGCGACGGCUACCAGCCAGCCUGAUGUUUCUCUGCCUCGUUUUAACAUCCAGCCUGGCAGCCAGCUAUUGCGUGACCGCGAGUGGUGAGGGUGGCGUGGCGAGGCGACCUCUUUUAUCCGAACCGAUGGGAGCAGCUGGUUGGUUUGGCCACCGAAGUUUUGGAGCUAUGGGUCCGAACCGAACGGCAUUGAGGGAUUACUACUGUACCAGUUGCUGUUACUUGGCAAAGGGGAGAAGGCUAUAAACUUUUAGUGUCAUUCUCGAUAACUAUUCCCGUCCCCGUCCGUCUGAGCGACUCGGAACCUCACUCGGAGUAAGCUUCAGCUGCGGAUUCCUAUUCUAGUUACCUCGGAUUCGUCGGUUUGGGAAUCAUGAUAGUACCCUCCACGCGGCAUGAUGAACGCCUCUCUCCAUACCGCAAUUUGCUCCGACAGUUCGUGAAGCAAUCACCGCUAGGCGAAGCGGUUUUCUCGGCUCGGCCCGUGGCAAUUGGGGUGGGGUGUGACUUGUUCGCGGAGCAUAAGGAAUUCAGGAGGAGUGGAGGCGGAAAAGUACGGAGAAGGGUGGGGGGAGCGGAUGGUCUGGUUUUCAUGACGUUUCAUUUCAGCCACAAUAUUCAUAUUCUAGUCCUCAUCCAUAGCAUUCUAGACUUCCUAACUCUCUAGACCUAAUAUACUCCAGGCUGGAGCCGUCAAGCCUUUCCAAGUUGAAGCUCCAAUUCUUCCAUGUCGGCGCACUUCUUUCGGAGUUGCGUUCAGAGCUAGUAGGCCCUCAUCAUAGCUGUGACAACGAGGUCAGCGCCGGGCUGGUGCGUAAUACAUGGGUUCCAGCGGGGGGAACGGCGCGAGCAGUCUCGCGGAGUACCUGUUCGGCGCAGCUGGCGGCAGCCUAUCAUCCUCUGUCGCGAAUAUGACGUCAAAUGCAUAUAACGAGACGCCAGACAUGCUGACUUUCCUUGCAAGGAGCCAUGGCGAGACCCACCCAAGCGCUGAGGCUCCUACUCGCAGUAGCAGUCGGAGAACCGUUUCUGCCGCGGCUGUAGCAUACUCCCACGUGGAGAGGAUUCACGAAUUUGGUUCCGGCAGCUGCCGGGUCUUUAAUCUCCAAGAGGUGUCUCUCAAUCCACUCCGAGGCUCCGGCCCUGGUUCAGAGUCAGAGCAGCUGCAGGGCCACCCAGCAGACCACCACACCGAACGUUCGGCAGAAUCAAAUCUGGAAUUGGAUGCUGGUGCUGAGCUGGCGAAGCAUUCUACGGCAUUGCUGCUGCCGUCUGCAGUACCUCUCUCAGCUACCAGCAGCGGGCUUCUCGCCACGACUAGCAGCAGCCUGUUCACCACCACGAGCAGCGGGCUUCAAGGCUUUCUUGAGAAUUCUCAAAAAGCACCCACGACUAGCAGCGGCAUGUUCACCACCACGAGCAGCAGCCAUCAAGGCAUUCUCACCAGCUCUGCUGCCCUUCUCGCGCACUCUCUAACACCCACUGGCGCAGGCCCUGGCGAAGGGGCUACCGGCCGCAGCGGCAUCAUGGGGUGGAGCAGCAGCAGCGCACACUCCCCUCAGAAUCCCCUGCUCAACGCUCUACCACCCGCUGGCGCAGGGUCUGCUGCAGGAUUCGCUGCAUGGUCUGCUGCAGAGCCAGCAUCAGAAGCUCCCCUUCGUCCCAGGCAGGGGUGGAGCAGCAGCCUCUUUUCCACGAGCACUCAGGCGCUUGCUUCCCAAGGACUUUCUGCCAGCGCUGCUGCCCUGGGAGCUGCUGACCCAAGCUGGUCUCCUGACACCCUGAUUGGAGGAGCCAGGCCAACCUGGGCGGCAGCUGGGUCAACCUGGGCGGCUGCUAAGAUAGCAGAUCAGAAGAGAACUUCUCCUGCGGGAUUGGAACGAGAUUUGGGCCGGAGGAGGCUGCCUGGCUUGGGGGCAAGUGGUAUGAGUGGGUUGAGUGGGAUGAGUGGGAUGAUUGGCAUGAGUGGGGAGAGCAGGAAGGUUGGCCCCAAGUCACCUCAGCCAGAGCUCCCGGACCUGAACGAGCCUGCUGAGGAGGUGGCUAGGGAGAGGAGGGGCGGGCCGGACCUAAACCUGUCGGACGUGAAUGCGCCGGACCAACAGCACCUUGCUGACUCAGCAGGGUGGGCAGGCGAUUCUCAAGCGCGGCAGUCUCAGCAGCGCGUCAGCUUCUCAGACAGGCCAUCGGCAGUGGUGCUGCCGCAACAGCAGAUUGCAAGGGAGAGAAGCAUGCUGCAACCGCAGGGGGGUACAGUGGCAGAUAGUAAUGAGAGGAGCCUGCUGGCAGAGCUACAGACCUGGAAGCAGCAGAUAGAGAUGGCGCAGGGCACGGGCAGCGCAGGCAAAUUGAUAGGACCCCCACGGCCAGACUCCAGCCUGAGAGCUGAGAGUGGUUAUGGGGAUGUAGUGGGUGAAAGGGGUUUGCAGGGGGAUAUGAUGGUACCGGGUUAUGCAGACGGGCAAGUAGGCGAGGAGGUGGGAAUGGAUGGUGGGAAGGAGGGGCGGCUUGCAGCGAAGCUGUUGCUGCUGCGGCUGAAACGAGCCCGGCCAUCCAGUGCCGCUUUGCAGAUGGCGGAUGCCUCUCCGAUGUUAGAUUCCUCUCGGGUGGACCGUGCCUCCCGUCGGGCGACUGCCGCCUCUCUCUUUCCGCAUGCGCGCUCUACCUCGUUGGCAGAUCUCUCUACCGCUGUCACUACUGCUGCUGCUGCUGCUACUUCUGCUGCUGCGGCUGUGGCUGCUGGUGCUGCUGCUGCUGAUGGUGGUGGCAGGGCUCCGGCUGAUGCGACAGCUGCCUCUGCUGAUGCUGGUGUUGGCGCUACAGCUGAUCAAAUGCCUUUCCACAGUACAAAGAGGUCAAAGACGUGGGGUGGGCGGGGCUACGACUCGUACCUAGGCAUGGAUCCGACGCGUUUUGAGACGCCCCAAAACCUGAUUCCUGUCACAAAGACGUGGGGUGGCGGGCGAUGCUACGACUCAUACCCUGCCAGGGAUCCAAUAGGGCAAUACCCCCUGAAUGUUUUCGACCCGAUGGCUGGAAUCACGGCGCCUGCUGCUGACGUGGCAGUGCCAGCUCAGCAAGGCCCACGCAUCGCCAGAAAUCCAUAUUCACGGCGUGGUGUGGCUGACAGGAGUGAUAGCCUGCAUGCUCCUCCUAUCUAUGCCGGUGAACUUGGCACUCAGAUUGCGGCUCUUGCUGCUGCCGAUGCUGAUUCUGAUGCUGCAGCAGAUGUCGCUGCAGAAGAGGCCUCCCGGUCCAUUGGUGUGGGGAAUCUUUUUGACAGGCAGCAAGAGCGACAGCAAUGCCCGCAGCCAGGGGAAGUCAGCCCCUUGACGCAGAAGGCUGCAGAAUUGCUUGGAACCAGCAUGUUUUCUGUGAGUGGACCCGAUGAUGGUGGCUUAGUGGCUCCCUGGGCCGAGGGCCAAGGGGUGGAUAGGCUUUGGCAAGCAGCUGGAGGGAGUGAGAAUAAAUUUAAGUGCAGCAGAUGUGACAGGGCGUUUCCCACAGGGCAGUCUCUAGGGGGACACAUGCGCAAGCACUACGCAACGAAGAAAUCUUAUUCUGGAGGCUCUGCUAGGUCGAGAAGAAAAGGAGCUUCUCCUGAUGGCAUGUCAAAGGGCUCGAUAUACCAGGAGCCAUCAUGAAGGUCCCAUUGCAAGCUACACUGGUUGUGGUUCAGAUUGUACAGGAUCAGAUGUAGCACAUUCUUAGUAGAGAAAGAAUUGACUAGAAUGAGGUGGUACAAGGAGAUAUAACCUAAGGGGUUGUACUAUAUAUAAGCAUGCACCUAGUUAGCCUAUAAC